UAGUUUUCAGAGUGCGGAUCUUUUACCUCUUUGGUUAGGUUUAUUCCUAGGUAUCUUAUGGUUUUUGGCACAAUUGUAAAUGGGAUUUAUUCUUUGAUUUCUCUUUCUGCUGCUUCAUUAUUGGUGUAUAGGGAUGCAACAGAUUCCUGUACAUUUAUUUUGUGUCUGGCUACUUUACUGAAUUUGUCUAUCAGUUCUAGCUUGGCAUUGGAAUGGAUACUUGUGUCAUUCCUUUGAGGCAUGGCAGUCUCUGUUUGGUUCAAACCAUGGAUUACAUCUAUCCUAUCAUCGGUGACCCUUAUGUGAUGGGCAGGAUAGCAUGUGCCAAUGUUCUCAGUGACCUCUACACCAUGGGGGUCAUGGAAUGUGACAAUAUGCUGAUGCUCUUUGGAAUCAGUAAUAAAAUGACCUACAGGGAAAGGGAUAAAGUUAUGCCCCUAAUUAUACAGGGUUUUAGAGAUGCAGCGAAGGAGGCAGGAACAUCUGUGACCAGUGGCCAGAUGGUGUUAAACCCCUGGAUUGUUCUGGGAGGAGUGGCCACAACUCUCUGCCAGCCCAGUGAAUUUCUCAUGCUGGAUAACGUGGUGCCAGGGGACAUGCUUGUGCUGAUGAAGACCCUGGGGAUGCAGAUGGCUGUGACCGUGCACCAGUGGCUGGACAUUCCUGAAAAAUGGAAUAAGAUCAAACUAGUGGUCACCCAAGAAGAUGUCAAGUUGGCGUACCAGGAAGCAAUGAUGAACAUGGCGAAGCUCAACAGAACAGCUUCGGGGCUCAUGCACAUGUUCAGUGCUCACACCGCUACCGACAUCACGAGCUUUGGAAUUUUGGGUCAUGCGCAGAACCUGGCCUUCAGCUCAGGUCGUGAUCCCAGGGUCCUGGGAUCAAGCCCCAUGUCAGGCUCCCUGCUUGGUGGGGAGCCUGCUUCUCCCUCUCUCUUGGCUGCUCCCCCUGCUUGUGCUCUCUCUCUC